AUGGCUCCCAGACUCAUUAUUCCAGCACCCGAGCAUUUUACUGGCCGCGUCACAUAUAGAGGCACUGGAAUUUUUGCAAAAAUCAAAGCUCGGUUUGAGGAGUUCAACCUUAAUAACACGGCGAAGGAAAGCCGUUUCGGGAGCUUCUGGAAUGCCGUACCCUUGACAUUCUCCUCGGUGUUAUUUCACCAGCUGAUGCUCCACAAAAUGAAAGUGGAUGCUCAGGAGGAGUUGAGGAUGCGGUUUUAUGUUGGUCGGAAGGAGGUCAGAUUCGGGGUGCUGGAGUUUGCACUCAUUACAGGCCUGGACUUCUCCUCGGGGCCAACAGAAGAGGAGAAGGCUGCGCAGGUCGCGCGCUCGGGGUCAGACCGAUUGAUCAACAGAUAUUUCAACCGGUCUGAUAGUGUGAAGACAGAAGCACUCCAACUUCAGUUCACAAACUGUCAGAAUCCGGAAGACUUGUACAAGCUCGACUUGUGCUUGUUUGUGGAGUCAGUGCUUCUGGGCCGCGAGGCAAACGCGCUGAUUACGCCUCACAUACUUAGAUAUGUGGAAGACCUCGAGUUCUUCUUCCGGAUUCCUUGGGGGAAGCACUCAUUCGCCAGACUCAUGCACUCGCUUCAAAAAGACAUGUUGAAACAGAAGGCCAACUACGAGAAGAAGCUGAGUUCGGAUGUUCAGCACGAGUGCAAAUACACAGCAUAUGGCUUCGCACCUGCAGUACAAUAUUGGGCGUACGAGGCCAUUUUGGAGGUUGGGAAGAGGUAUGGCACGAACCACGGGAUUCGGUUCCCCAGGAUGCUUAGCUGGACGAGCAAAGGCGAUAUUGGGAAGAAAGACGUCAGCGCAUUAUUUUCUAGACGGAAUCUUGAAGUGGUGAAGGGGCUACUUCCACGGACAGAGGAGGAGGCAUUUGUGAGGACCAUAUCUUACGAUGGUGUGGAGAACCUGGUUGAUGAUGUUGUGGAUGACACAGAGGCUGAGGCAGGUAGUCAGGUACCAGAGACUCAGGUCCCAGACACUCAGGUACCAAUUUUUGGAAUUUUUUUUUUAUGUCUUUAUUUUUUAUUAUUUUUGUUUUGUGAUAUUUGUUACAUUGUGGAAUUAUCGUAUGCUUACCGUAUUUUUUUGAUAUAUAUUUUUUCAGGCCACUGGUUCAGAACCUCAGCCCAGUGCACCAUCUUCAUCAGGCGUUCGGGGUGCCGAGUACACUGA